AUGACUACUAGUACUACUACUACUACUACUACUACUACUACUACUACUACUACUACUACUACUACUACUACUACUACUACUACUACUACUACUACUACUACUACUACUACUACUACUACUACUACUACUACUACUACUACUACUACUACUACUACUACUACUACUACUACUACUACUACUACUACUACUACUACUACUACUACUACUACUACUACUACUACUACUACUACUACUACUACUACUACUACUACUACUACUACUACUACUACUACUACUACUACUACUACUACUACUACUACUACUACUACUACUACUACUACUACUACUACUACUACUACUACUACUACUACUACUACUACUACUACUACUACUACUACUACUACUACUACUACUACUACUACUACUACUACUACUACUACUACUACUACUACUACUACUACUACUACUACUACUACUACUACUACUACUACUACUACUACUACUACUACUACUACUACUACUACUACUACUACUACUACUACUACUACUACUACUACUACUACUACUACUACUACUACUACUACUACUACUACUACUACUACUACUACUACUACUACUACUACUACUACUACUACUACUACUACUACUACUACUACUACUACUACUACUACUACUACUACUACUACUACUACUACUACUACUACUACUACUACUACUACUACUACUACUACUACUACUACUACUACUACUACUACUACUACUACUACUACUACUACUACUACUACUACUACUACUACUACUACUACUACUACUACUACUACUACUACUACUACUACUACUACUACUACUACUACUACUACUACUACUACUACUACUACUACUACUACUACUACUACUACUACUACUACUACUACUACUACUACUACUACUACUACUACUACUACUACUACUACUACUACUACUACUACUACUACUACUACUACUACUACUACUACUACUACUACUACUACUACUACUACUACUACUACUACUACUACUACUACUACUACUACUACUACUACUACUACUACUACUACUACUACUACUACUACUACUACUACUACUACUACUACUACUACUACUACUACUACUACUACUACUACUACUACUACUACUACUACUACUACUACUACUACUACUACUACUACUACUACUACUACUACUACUACUACUACUACUACUACUACUACUACUACUACUACUACUACUACUACUACUACUACUACUACUACUACUACUACUACUACUACUACUACUACUACUACUACUACUACUACUACUACUACUACUACUACUACUACUACUACUACUACUACUACUACUACUACUACUACUACUACUACUACUACUACUACUACUACUACUACUACUACUACUACUACUACUACUACUACUACUACUACUACUACUACUACUACUACUACUACUACUACUACUACUACUACUACUACUACUACUACUACUACUACUACUACUACUACUACUACUACUACUACUACUACUACUACUACUACUACUACUACUACUACUACUACUACUACUACUACUACUACUACUACUACUACUACUACUACUACUACUACUACUACUACUACUACUACUACUACUACUACUACUACUACUACUACUACUACUACUACUACUACUACUACUACUACUACUACUACUACUACUACUACUACUACUACUACUACUACUACUACUACUACUACUACUACUACUACUACUACUACUACUACUACUACUACUACUACUACUACUACUACUACUACUACUACUACUACUACUACUACUACUACUACUACUACUACUACUACUACUACUACUACUACUACUACUACUACUACUACUACUACUACUACUACUACUACUACUACUACUACUACUACUACUACUACUACUACUACUACUACUACUACUACUACUACUACUACUACUACUACUACUACUACUACUACUACUACUACUACUACUACUACUACUACUACUACUACUACUACUACUACUACUACUACUACUACUACUACUACUACUACUACUACUACUACUACUACUACUACUACUACUACUACUACUACUACUACUACUACUACUACUACUACUACUACUACUACUACUACUACUACUACUACUACUACUACUACUACUACUACUACUACUACUACUACUACUACUACUACUACUACUACUACUACUACUACUACUACUACUACUACUACUACUACUACUACUACUACUACUACUACUACUACUACUACUACUACUACUACUACUACUACUACUACUACUACUACUACUACUACUACUACUACUACUACUACUACUACUACUACUACUACUACUACUACUACUACUACUACUACUACUACUACUACUACUACUACUACUACUACUACUACUACUACUACUACUACUACUACUACUACUACUACUACUACUACUACUACUACUACUACUACUACUACUACUACUACUACUACUACUACUACUACUACUACUACUACUACUACUACUACUACUACUACUACUACUACUACUACUACUACUACUACUACUACUACUACUACUACUACUACUACUACUACUACUACUACUACUACUACUACUACUACUACUACUACUACUACUACUACUACUACUACUACUACUACUACUACUACUACUACUACUACUACUACUACUACUACUACUACUACUACUACUACUACUACUACUACUACUACUACUACUACUACUACUACUACUACUACUACUACUACUACUACUACUACUACUACUACUACUACUACUACUACUACUACUACUACUACUACUACUACUACUACUACUACUACUACUACUACUACUACUACUACUACUACUACUACUACUACUACUACUACUACUACUACUACUACUACUACUACUACUACUACUACUACUACUACUACUACUACUACUACUACUACUACUACUACUACUACUACUACUACUACUACUACUACUACUACUACUACUACUACUACUACUACUACUACUACUACUACUACUACUACUACUACUACUACUACUACUACUACUACUACUACUACUACUACUACUACUACUACUACUACUACUACUACUACUACUACUACUACUACUACUACUACUACUACUACUACUACUACUACUACUACUACUACUACUACUACUACUACUACUACUACUACUACUACUACUACUACUACUACUACUACUACUACUACUACUACUACUACUACUACUACUACUACUACUACUACUACUACUACUACUACUACUACUACUACUACUACUACUACUACUACUACUACUACUACUACUACUACUACUACUACUACUACUACUACUACUACUACUACUACUACUACUACUACUACUACUACUACUACUACUACUACUACUACUACUACUACUACUACUACUACUACUACUACUACUACUACUACUACUACUACUACUACUACUACUACUACUACUACUACUACUACUACUACUACUACUACUACUACUACUACUACUACUACUACUACUACUACUACUACUACUACUACUACUACUACUACUACUACUACUACUACUACUACUACUACUACUACUACUACUACUACUACUACUACUACUACUACUACUACUACUACUACUACUACUACUACUACUACUACUACUACUACUACUACUACUACUACUACUACUACUACUACUACUACUACUACUACUACUACUACUACUACUACUACUACUACUACUACUACUACUACUACUACUACUACUACUACUACUACUACUACUACUACUACUACUACUACUACUACUACUACUACUACUACUACUACUACUACUACUACUACUACUACUACUACUACUACUACUACUACUACUACUACUACUACUACUACUACUACUACUACUACUACUACUACUACUACUACUACUACUACUACUACUACUACUACUACUACUACUACUACUACUACUACUACUACUACUACUACUACUACUACUACUACUACUACUACUACUACUACUACUACUACUACUACUACUACUACUACUACUACUACUACUACUACUACUACUACUACUACUACUACUACUACUACUACUACUACUACUACUACUACUACUACUACUACUACUACUACUACUACUACUACUACUACUACUACUACUACUACUACUACUACUACUACUACUACUACUACUACUACUACUACUACUACUACUACUACUACUACUACUACUACUACUACUACUACUACUACUACUACUACUACUACUACUACUACUACUACUACUACUACUACUACUACUACUACUACUACUACUACUACUACUACUACUACUACUACUACUACUACUACUACUACUACUACUACUACUACUACUACUACUACUACUACUACUACUACUACUACUACUACUACUACUACUACUACUACUACUACUACUACUACUACUACUACUACUACUACUACUACUACUACUACUACUACUACUACUACUAAUGGUUUGUUGGAGGUAUUAUGUGUUUUUUUGGUCCAUGUUCGUUUGAUUGUUUAA